CUUCUCUCCGAGUCUCACCAUUCUCUCUCUCUUUUUCUGUGUCUUUUUUAGCUUUCUGUGCCCCCGAGGGAAAGAGGGAAUUUUUCGUUUCAGAAGGGGGGGAAGAAACAGAGUUUCAGCAAAGCAACCAUGCUCGUUUAUCAGGAUCUGCUCACGGGCGAUGAGCUCUUGUCCGACUCCUUCCCAUACAAGGAAAUUGAGAAUGGCAUGCUCUGGGAAGUGGAAGGGAAGUGGGUUGUCAAAGGAGCGCUCGAUGUGGAUAUUGGGGCCAACCCUUCUGCAGAGGGCGGAGGGGAAGACGAGGGUGUUGAUGACCAGGUCGUGAAGGUCGUGGACAUCGUCGACACCUUUAGGCUUCAGGAGCAACCUGCUUUUGACAAGAAGCAGUUUGUGACUUACAUGAAGAGGUACAUCAAGCUGCUGUCGCCCAAGUUGGAGGGAGAGAAGCAAGAGUUGUUCAAGAAGCACAUUGAGGGAGCCACCAAGUUCCUGCUUUCUAAGCUCAUUGACCUCCAAUUUUUCGUUGGGGAGAGCAUGCAUGAUGAUGGCACCAUGGUGUUUGCAUAUUACAAGGAAGGUGCUGCUGAUCCUACUUUCCUCUACUUUGCCCAUGGACUGAAGGAAGUCAAGUGUUAAACCGGCUUUCUUACGGUGGUACUCGCUAGAUUGGGAAUGGUUUUGUGUGUUUCUGUUCUAUAUACAAAGAAAGAGGCUACAAACUAUGCCUUACUAUCCCGUCUGACUUUUGGUUUAGGUUCUUUUUUACUAAAUUUAGUACAUGGAAACUUUUAGUUAAUUGAGAAAUAAAGUUUCAAUGUUGAUA